UUGACUUUGAUUUUGCCAUUUUUGAAAACUCGUCCCCUUCACCUGACAGUUUGUAUUUUCUGAUAUGCAGAGUCCUCAAUCCAAUCCUCACAGAUUUCUGCUACAGAAUUGCAAACGAAUAAACAACACCGUGAAAAAUGUUACUCACCUCUGCUACUUUCAUCAGACCUACUGCUACUGUUAUUACUUUCCAAUCAAGAGAAUUUCACAAGCCCAUUAGGAUGUUCGCUACGAAAUUGGACUUCAAAUCCCAGAAAUCUAGUUUUUGUGUUUGUAAUUGUAGAGAUCGGAGUCAAAAUAAGAUGAUUGACCCGAUUAGAAUUCCUACCUUUACUAGUGGGGAUGGUGUUGAAGGUUUCGAACGAGAAGAUUCCGUUCAAGGGUCUGCAAAUUUUGGAGCUGGUGGAAUUGAAGCUACUCUCAAUCAGUUGAGUAAGUGGGUUGUGUCGGUGUUUUUUAUGGCUCUCAUUCUCUGGAGGCAUGAUGCUGAAACAACGUGGGUAGCCGUGGGCGUUGCGCUUAAUACUACACUCUCAGUGGCACUGAAAUUUAUGCUAAACCAAGAAAGGCCGACUUCUACCUUAAGAGCCGACCCUGGAAUGCCUUCUUCGCAUGCACAGUCCAUCUUCUAUGCAGUGGCAUUUAUCAAUAUGUCAAUGGUUGAAUGUUACGGGAUUAAUGCACUUACAGCAGCCCUGGGGGCUCUUGUCUUUGCAAUUGGAUCUUAUUUUUCAUGGCUACGGGUUUCACAACAAUUCCAUACAAUUAGCCAAGUCGCCGUGGGAGCUGUUUUGGGAUCGAUUUUCUCCAUUUUUUGGUACUGGUUGUGGAAUGCUUUUGUAUUGAAGGCAUUUAUAUCCUACUCGUGGGUCAGAAUUCUUAUAGUUAUGGGUUCCAUUGGAUAUAUCAUCGGGUUUAUUGUUUUUGGUUUCAUGCACUCGAUUCUACGUGAAUAAUGAUACAAUGAUAUAUUUUUAUUUUAGUAUGUACUGAGUAUCAGGGGAAUGUCUACUAAUGCUCACAAUGAAGGUCGAUUGGCAAGCUUGAUAGUCUAUACUCGAAAAAUAAUCGAUAAGUUUUGUGCA